GCUGAGCGCCUGUCCCGGCGGCCCGGGAGUCACCCGGGGAAGGUGUCCUGUGACGGCCCUUGAUCAGCAAGGCUGCAAGUCAUGUAGAAGCCGCAGUAACUGCAGAGUCUCUGAUGGAUAAUUGGAUUGGGAGUAAUAUGUGGGAGGCUGUGGACUAUUUGCUUCCGACAUAGGAACAGCACUGGGUUGGGAAUCUGCACUCCUGAGAGAAUGCUGGGAAUCUGCAGAGGGCGACGGAAAUUCCUGGCUGCCUCGCUGACCGUCCUUUUUGUCCCAGCCAUUACGUGGAUUUAUCUGUUUGCUGGGAGUUUCGAAGAUGGGAAGCCAGUGUCACUGUCUCCACUUGAAUCCCAGCCCCACAGUCCUCGGUACACGGCAUCGAGCCAGCGGGAGCGCGAGAGCUUGGAAGUCCGCAUGCGGGAGGUGGAGGAGGAGAACCGUGUGCUUCGCAAGCAGCUCAGCCUGGCACAGAGUCGCAGCCCCUCGCACCACCGUGGCAAUCACUCCAAAACCUACUCCAUGGAAGAGGGGACAGGCGACAGCGAGACCCUGCGGGCUGGCAUUGUGGCAGGGAACAGCUCCGAGUGUGGGCAGCAACCAGCAGUGGAAAAAUGUGAGACCAUCCACGUUGCCAUUGUCUGUGCAGGGUACAAUGCCAGUCGGGAUGUUGUCACGCUUGUCAAGUCUGUCUUAUUUCACAGGCGAAAUCCACUCCACUUCCACCUCAUCGCAGAUGCAAUUGCCAAACAGAUCCUGGCGACUCUGUUCCAGACAUGGAUGGUCCCUGCUGUGCGCAUAGACUUCUAUGAUGCAGAUGAGCUCAAGUCGGAAGUGUCUUGGAUCCCCAACAAACACUACUCUGGGAUUUACGGGCUGAUGAAGUUGGUUCUGACUAAGACGCUACCUUCCAAUCUCGAGCGAGUCAUUGUCCUCGACACAGACAUAACAUUUGCCACUGACAUUGCUGAGCUAUGGGCCGUCUUUCACAAGUUCAAAGGGCAGCAGGUUCUUGGCUUGGUGGAGAACCAGAGUGAUUGGUAUUUGGGCAACCUUUGGAAGAAUCACCGGCCCUGGCCAGCGCUUGGGAGGGGCUACAACACAGGGGUUAUCUUGCUGCUUCUCGAUAAGUUACGGAAGAUGAAAUGGGAGCAGAUGUGGAGACUGACGGCAGAGCGGGAGUUAAUGAGCAUGCUAUCCACUUCACUGGCUGACCAGGAUAUCUUCAAUGCAGUCAUCAAACAAAAUCCCUUCCUUGUCUACCAACUCCCAUGUUUCUGGAAUGUACAGCUGUCUGAUCACACCCGUUCCGAGCAAUGCUACAGAGAUGUGUCUGACCUGAAGGUGAUUCACUGGAACUCACCAAAGAAGCUGCGAGUGAAAAACAAGCACGUGGAGUUUUUCCGCAACCUCUACCUGACAUUCCUGGAAUAUGAUGGGAAUUUGCUGAGACGAGAACUCUUUGGCUGCCCCAGUGAGGCAGACGUUAACAGUGAAAAUCUCCAGAAACAGCUGUCUGAGCUGGACGAGGAUGACUUAUGCUAUGAAUUUCGUCGAGAACGUUUCACUGUCCAUCGCACUCAUUUGUAUUUUCUACAUUACGAAUACGAGCCUGCGUCAGACAAUACCGAUGUAACACUGGUGGCUCAACUUUCAAUGGACAGGCUCCAGAUGCUUGAAGCCAUCUGCAAACACUGGGAAGGUCCAAUCAGCCUGGCACUCUAUCUUUCUGAUGCAGAAGCCCAGCAAUUUCUGCGCUAUGCCCAGGGCUCGGAAGUACUUAUGAGCCGCCACAAUGUCGGCUACCAUAUCGUGUACAAGGAGGGCCAGUUCUAUCCUGUGAAUCUGCUAAGGAAUGUGGCCAUGAAGCAUAUCAGCACACCAUACAUGUUUCUGUCCGACAUUGACUUCUUGCCCAUGUAUGGACUCUACGAGUACCUCAGGAAGUCCGUCAUCCAGCUAGACCUGGCUAAUACCAAGAAAGCUCUGAUUGUACCUGCUUUUGAGACCCUACGCUACCGCCUCUCCUUCCCCAAGUCAAAAGCAGAGCUGCUAUCUAUGUUGGACAUGGGAACCCUCUUCACAUUCAGGUAUCACGUCUGGACAAAAGGGCAUGCGCCAACGAACUUUGCCAAGUGGCGAACAGCCACCACCCCCUACCGCGUUGAGUGGGAAGCAGACUUUGAGCCAUACGUUGUUGUGAGGAAGGACUGCCCGGAGUAUGACAGGCGGUUUGUUGGAUUUGGCUGGAACAAAGUAGCUCACAUCAUGGAACUGGAUGCACAGGAGUAUGAGUUCACGGUGCUGCCCAACGCAUACAUGAUCCACAUGCCGCACGCCCCCAGCUUCGACAUCACCAAGUUUCGCUCCAACAAGCAAUACCGCAUCUGUCUCAAGACCUUGAAGGAGGAGUUCCAGCAGGAUAUGUCACGCCACUACGGCUUUGCAGCCCUCAAAUAUCUCACGGCAGAGAACAACAGCUAGCACAACGGAGCCCGUGUACAGGAAACGGACACCGGAGGGAGGAGCCACUCAACGUUUGGGGCCCAGUCUUCAAACUUCGAACUGAGAAAUACUUUCUGUUUUUAUAUCGUACUCGGCAGUUCUAACAGUAGAAAUUUGAAGUGACAUGUCUUCAGGCUAUGCUCAUUCGUCCCUUCCUCGACUACCCCAGGCCUUUCAGCUUUAGCAUUCGUGAGGUGUCAGCGAGAGGGUCCGGCCACGCGCCCGCCGUGCUGCCGGAGGUGGGGACUGGGCAGGGGCUGGGAAUGCACUCUGCUCUCUUAACUGCAGAGCAAAGACAGACCUUCAGAAUAUAGGAUUUCAUGUUGCUAUUUAAUAAUUUGACAUGCUUUUUAUCUGUAAAGGAAGAUCUUCGGGUCGCUGUCCUGUGAAUUUCAAAUCUGCACUACUCUAAAAGGGAACUUUCACCUGUGAACUUUCACAGGGGCCCUGUUAACAUGGAUGACCUUGUUAAUGCAGGAUGAGCCAAAGGUCUGAAUUAGCCUUGAAAACGAAGGGGACGCUUAUACAAUACUGCACUCCAGAGAAGGUGUGUUACUGGUUUAGGUGUAUACAUGAUAUCGGUUGGUCUUUUAUUCUCAAAUUAGUUGUUUUAUCAGGAAAAUCCCCUAUACCCCACCCUGCCUUUUUCCCAGUCCUAAAUGCUGCUCCUUUCCUUGCCAAGGAAAUGUCUCCCUUGUGUUUCUUGCCCAUCUUCAGUUCUGGUGGUCCAGUAAAGAAGAUCAGUAGCUCUGCUGGAAAGUGAACAAAACUUGUCAGUGUAAGGUCUGUUUUCACCAGAGCAACUUGUUCGUGUGUGUCUCGUAAAAUAAAGGGCCUGACUGUAAAACUUCAUCUUUUUUAGGCAAGAAUUGGAUUUUGCCUAUAAGGCACAUUGUGCGGGGGGAUAUUGAUUUGUAGGCUCAUUUCAGUGCAUGCCCGUCCGUGAAGGCAUUGGGCCUUGGCCUUUAAGUGGACUUCUUUGCUGAACAGGGAAUAUAAACAUGGCAACUAGUAGCCUUGGUGCUCUCCUGCUGCCUGCUGCAAGGUCUCAGAACUACUUCGUUAAAGGAGUUUAUAAUUAAAAGGAGCAGAACUGUUAGGAAUAAACUCCCCAUUCGAGGGGGAGAAAAGAAUGUGUUGGGAAUCUGAGUGUGAGUGUUUGCUUGAACGUGGGCUGGUCAAGUUCACAACUUCGGUACACACAGGAGUAUGCUGGAGGGCGGACAGGAAACCUAACAAGCAAAACGCAGAAAACAAGACACUGGACUUUUUACCAUUUUCUUUAUUCUUCAGUAUUAAUGUUGUGUUUACAUGGGAUGAAGAGAUGAGGUUUAAUGCACUACCCCUUGGAGGGCUAUUUGUAAUUUCUGUUGCAAUGUUAAUAGAGAAAGCAGAAACAAC